AUGAUCUCCGCCGCUGCAGCCCGCGCUGCCCAGCGCACCACGACCUCGCUCGUCUCCCGCCGCGCCUUCCACGCAACCCGUGCCCGGCUCUCGUCGCCGUACCACUACCCCGAGGGUCCUUACACCAACAUUCCCUUCAACCCCAAGACCAAGUUCUUCUUUGUCAGGUACUGGCUCUUCAUGGCCACUGGCUUCUUUGCCCCCUUCGGCAUUGCUGCCUGGCAGACGUACAAGCCCAGGUAA